AAAAGCAUACACAUCCAAAUGAUAGGCAGGGCCAACACAAAAAUAAUACUAGAAAAACAAAGGUGAGAAACGCGGCGACGCCUUCGCUCGCUGCGGCCAUUGCUGCCGCCCAUCGAUCGAGCUAGCUAGCUAGCUUCCGUGCCACCGCCGGGGCCGCUGCUGUGCUCAGACGGCGCCGUCAUGCGGCGGCGCUUCUCGAUCGUACAUGCCGUUCUCCUCCUCGUUGCGGCGGGCGCGCUCCCGCUCGCCACCGCCCAGCCGUGGCCCACCUGCGGCACCAGCGGCAACUACACUGCCGGGAGCGCCUACGAGUCGAACCUCCGGAGCCUCACCAGCACCCUCCGCGCGAACGCCUCCUCCUCCCCGACCCUCUUCGCCUCCGGCGUCGCCGGCACCGCCCCGGACGCCGUCUACGGCCUCCUGCUCUGCCGCGGCGACGUCAGCUCCUCCGACUGCUUCGACUGCGGCACCCGCGUCGGCCAGGACGCCGGGAGGGUCUGCAACCGCACCAGGGACGCCGUCCUCGUCUACAACCAGUGCUACGCCCAGUUCUCCGACAAGGGCGACUUCCUCGCCUCCACCAACAACUCCGGCACGUACUCCCUCCUCAUAAGCGGCACCAACAUCAGCAGCGCCGACGUCGCCGGCUACGACCGCGCCGUCACCGAGCUGCUCAACGCCACCGUGCGGUACGCGGUGGAGAGCUCGCCGAGGCUGUUCGCCACGGGGCAGCGGGUGGGGACCGACCCGGGGUUCCGCAACAUCUACUCGAUGGCGCAGUGCGCGUCGGACCUGUCGCCGGCGGCGUGCCGGAGGUGCCUCGACGACCUGGUUAGCCAGUGGUGGGACGGGCUGUCGUUCCCGAAGAACGGCGAGGGCGCGAGGGUCGCCGGCCCUCGGUGCUACCUGAGGUCCGAGCUGGGCGGUGGCCCGUUCUACACCGGCCCGCCGAUGGUUCUCCUCCGGGCGGACGGGCUCUCGCCGACGUCGGCGCCGGCGCCGGAUGUUACUCCGGCCACCACGUUAGGUAAGAAAAAUUCAGCAAGCAAAAUUUUGGUAAUUAGCUUGCCGAUAGUAGCAGUUGCAAUCGUAUCUGCAAUUUCCUUCUACAUGUGGAAUAUGCGUAAGAAGAGCAGAUCGGCAAAAGCAGAGCAUUUCUCCGGAGUUGAAACAUCUGAGGACCUAGAAAGCGUCAAGUCAACCUUGGUAAGUCUAGCGUCACUGCAAGUUGCAACGAAUAAUUUUGACGAGAGCAAGAAACUCGGCGAAGGGGGAUUUGGUGCAGUUUACAAGGGGCUUCUUUUUGGAGAAGAAGUAGCAGUGAAAAGGAUGGCCAAAGGUUCAAACCAAGGGCUAGAAGAGCUGAAAAACGAGCUAGUUCUUGUUGCCAAGCUUCAUCACAGAAACCUUGUCCGCCUUGUCGGUUUUUGCCUAGAAGAAGGAGAGAGGCUGCUUGUCUAUGAGUACAUGCCCAACAAAAGCCUUGACACCUUUCUUUUUGAUGCAGAGAAAGGAAGACAGCUAGACUGGGCCACACGGUUCAAAAUCAUAGAAGGCAUUGCUCGAGGGUUGCAGUACCUUCACCAGGACUCCCAGAAGAAGAUCGUUCACCGUGAUAUGAAGGCAAGCAACGUCUUGCUAGACGCAGAUAUGAACCCCAAGAUUGGGGACUUUGGCCUCGCUCGGCUCUUCAGCCAAGACCAGACUCGAGACGUCACGAACCGUAUCGUCGGGACAUUUGGGUACAUGGCUCCUGAGUACGUGGUUCGUGGGCACUACUCUACGAAAUCAGAUGUGUUCAGUUUCGGCAUUCUCGUUAUAGAGACUGUGACAGGCAAAAGAAACAAUGGACCCUGCUUCUCAGAGCAAAAUGAAGAUUUAGUAAGCAUAGUAUGGAGGCACUGGGAAGAGGGAAAUAUUGUGGAGAUGAUAGACCAUUCCUUGGAAAGAAACUACCCUGAAGCCGAGGUGCUGAAAUGUAUCAACAUCGGGCUCCUGUGUGUCCAGCAGAAUCCUGUAGAUCGGCCUACAAUGGAGGAUGUCAUGAUUUUGCUUAACAGCGAUGCUACCAUCUCUCUGCCGGCUCCUGUAGCACAUAGGCCAAUAGAUUUCUCCAAUGGGAGCUCCGGUUACUCUCAAACCAUUACACAACUGUCUCCCAGAUAGCUAGUAGUUGUUUCUUUCUUUUUUUUUUUUGGGUUCCCCUGGUAUUGAAAUUGUAGUUAUCAUCAGGUUGUAAUCAAAACAGAAAUUCAAUGGUGAAAACUCCCAUUGGAAAGACGGACUAUGAGGACUCAUCUGGGAAGGAUUCAAUUGUAAUAUGUUUGUGCAGCUUGGCACACACUUGUCUUUA